ACGGAAUGUUUUCGCUUUCAACGGAGUUUGGGGAAUUGCAUUAUCUCUGCCCUUUCAAGACUAUAAAUGCAGAAGGUUUCGAAUGAAAAUUUGCAGUUUUCAUCCAAUGCGCAAAGCAGUAUGAAGAUAUUCCUGUUGAUCGUAUCCUUUUGCAUCUUUGGCUUGGUUUUGGGCGAUGUGGUCACCAAGCCCACUUUCAUUCGCAGUCGCUAUAGCCUGCGUUGGGGCAAGACCACCACAGUGACUCCAGAGCCAACAGCUGCACCAGCAAUGGAGCUUCCCCGCACCACUGCAGAUCCACUGCCCAAACUGGCAACCUCAACCGCCAGUGCGGACUACGAUUACUACGGCAAUGUUGAAAGCGAAAAUAUGGUGCACAAGUGA